AUGGACCGCGCGCGCUUCUCGUCGUCGCCGGAUCGCGCGAAUCAUAGGCCGCUCCAAGGAGGACCCAGCGGAACCGUCGACGCGGCCAUCUCGCCCGCGGAGGCCUUAAACGAACCAGAGACUCCGCGGCCCGCGCCGCGUGCGCUGCCUUGCAUACCCGAGGGCGAGCCGUUGCUCCGCGACCCGCUUAGUGUUAGUGAAGUGCCGCGGAAAAACGGACGUCUGCUCCACGUGCAGUUCGAUGCACAGUCUCCUCCCGCGCCGGUUUCCGUCACCGGGUCCUCGUCGAGUUCGAGCUCCGACGAUGAGGAGGUAUCCAUCGCUGAAGCCCGCCCGCCCGACGGCGGCUGGGGAUGGGUGGUCGUGUUUGCUUCGUUUAUGGUCAAUCUCAUCGCGGAUGGUAUUACGUUCAGUUUCGGGGUGUUCUUUCCAUAUUUUCUGGAGUACUUUGGCGAGGGCAAGGGAAAGACGGCUUGGAUUGGAGGAAUUUUCAUGGCUAUGCCGCUUUUGUCCGGACCCAUCGCGAGUUUCCUAACGGACAGGUACGGCUGUCGACGCAUGACCAUCUUCGGAUCCAUUCUAGCAGCGAUAGGAUUUGUAAUCUCAGCUUUUGUAGACAAUAUGGAAACGUUAUUUUUGACGUUCGGUAUUAUGGCCGGUUUCGGAUUAAGUUUAUGUUACGUGGCCGCUGUAGUAAUAGUAGCCUACUAUUUUGAGAAGAAAAGAUCAUUAGCUACUGGAAUAUCAGUGUGUGGUAGUGGUAUUGGUACAUUUAUAUUUGCACCUUUGACAUACAUAUUAUUGGAUGAAUACGGAUGGCGGGGUACGACACUCAUUCUGGCUGGAUUUUUUCUGAAUAUGGCAGUGUGUGGCCUCUUAUUCCGGGAUCUGCCGUGGACGGCAACUAUGAACGAAGAGAGAGCAAAAGAAAGAAAGAGACGACGAGAAAGAAAACGCAAUAAACGGUAUGGCUCUUCUGCGGAUAGUUUUUCGGACAGUAAAAGUAGUGCGGCAGGGUCUACAAAAGUCGUAGACAAACCCGAUGUAGAAGCUGUAACUGCUACGAUAGUACCACAAUUUAGUUCGCUGGUCGACUUGCCCACAUUUAUGACUGGCGAUGAAGGAGUUUCGCUAGAGAUAUUCGAGAUGAUGUCGAAUCGUGGUAGAGCUUAUGCGAUCCUGGCUCAGAACAAUUACCCGGGUGUAAUGUUGCCUUCUAGGAGUUUCAGUGAUAGCGGUCGGCUCAACGAACAAUCUCCGCCUAAAUCUAUCAUGUCUCCUGGGUGUACCUCUCCGGGACCAAUGUCACCGACCACAACUUCAAAUGGAACAUCUGCUAAUACUUCAAGAGCCCCAUUGAAUGACAAGGCAGCUUUAUCGUUAUGGUUGAGAAGACAAGGCGCUGGGUCUACGAAGAAACCACCGGCGUUCUUGAAGGACCUGCGUAUACAUAGACAUUCAUUGACAUAUAGAGGAGCUAUGUUAAAUAUCAAUCGUUAUAGGUUAAGGGCAUCAUCAUGUCCAAAUAUAUUUAGAAAUUCAAUGACGACCAUUGCUAAAGAAAAGCUGCAAUGGUACGCUGGCCUCUGGGAUUUCUGGGACUUGGUAGUCGACGUCCUGGAUUUCUCACACUUUCUCAAUCCUGCGUUCCUGGUAUUCGCCAUCUCCAACUUCCUGCUGUACAUGUGGUACGAUGUGCCUUACGUGUAUAUGGCGGAUAACGGACAGAGCAUGGGAUUCGACGCGUCACAGUCGGCCAUGCUUAUAUCCAUCAUCGGUAUUUUGAACAUGUUUGGGGAGAUCUUACUCGGCUGGGUGGGUGACUGGGAGUGCGUGAAUCCCAGCUUGGUUUACGCGGCUUGUAUGGUAUUGUGCGGUGCUGUUACUUUGAUAAUGCCGCUUCUGACGUCAUACUUUGCAGUGGCGGCCUCUUCUGGGGCGUUUGGUGCUUUUAUAGCGGCGAACUACUCACUGACUAGUAUAAUCCUGGUUGAGCAGAUCACACUGGAGAAGUUUACCAACGCGUAUGGGCUGCUGCUGCUCAUCCAGGGAGUCGCUAAUCUCGUUGGCCCGUCUUUAGCUGGCUGGGUCUACGACAUGCGCGGUUCGUACGAUCUAUCUUUCUACUUGGCCGGCGUGUUCAUUGGAAUAUCUGGUCUUGUUCUCCUCGUUCUACCAGUAUACAACCAUGCCAAGAAGAGACGGCGACACAACGCACCGCAAUCUAAUAUCAACGGGGACGUUAAAUCGAAUGGAAAACUUAUGGCAUAA